GAGACUCUCAGAGGGUGUAGAACUGGAGGCAGCAUUCACUGGCCAUGCCAGUACUUACCACUGAUGCUGAGUCAGAAACAGGUAUCCCAAAAUCCCUUUCCAAUGAGCCUCCCUCAGAAACCAUGGAGGAAAUCGAGCACACAUGCCCACAGCCUCGACUGACCCUGACUGCACCUGCCCCAUUUGCAGAUGAAACCAGCUGCCAGUGCCAAGCACCCCAUGAGAAACUGACCAUUGCUCAGGCCCGCUUAGGAACACCAGUUGACAGACCUGUCAGAGUGUACGCAGAUGGAAUAUUUGACCUCUUCCACUCAGGUCAUGCAAGGGCACUUAUGCAAGCAAAAACACUGUUUCCCAACAGCUACUUGUUGGUAGGAGUUUGCAGUGAUGACCUCACCCACAAAUUCAAAGGUUUCACCGUGAUGAACGAAGCAGAGAGAUACGAAGCGCUGAGACACUGUCGCUAUGUGGAUGAAGUCAUCAGAGAUGCUCCGUGGACACUCACGCCAGAGUUUCUGGAAAAACACAAGAUUGACUUCGUGGCCCACGAUGACAUUCCGUACUCCUCUGCUGGCUCUGAUGAUGUUUACAAGCAUAUAAAGGAAGCAGGAAUGUUUGUUCCAACGCAGAGAACGGAAGGCAUCUCAACAUCAGACAUCAUCACCAGGAUUGUCCGUGACUAUGAUGUUUAUGCCCGACGCAAUCUCCAGAGAGGGUACACAGCCAAGGAACUGAAUGUCAGCUUUAUAAAUGAGAAGAAGUACCGCUUCCAAAACCAGGUAGACAAGAUGAAGGAAAAGGUCAAAAACGUGGAGGAAAAAUCAAAGGAGUUUGUUAACAGAGUGGAAGAAAAGAGUCAUGAUCUAAUUCAAAAGUGGGAAGAGAAAUCGAGGGAAUUCAUUGGCAACUUCCUAGAACUGUUUGGGCCUGAUGGAGCAUGGCUGACAGGGUCUUGGUGCUCUGGCCGGGUGUCAGGCCUGAGCCUCGGAAAUGGGAGAGCCGAGCUCAGGACACUGGACCACCAGAGACCUCCUGGCUCCACGUAAUAUCAAUCGGUGAGAGUUGUCCCAGAGAUCUCCAUCUCAAUGCUAAGACCCAGCUCCACUCAACGACCAGCAAGUUCCAGUGCUGGUCACCCUAUGCCAAACAACUAGCAAGACAGGAACACAACC